AUGUUCCAACGAUCCAUCUUCAGACAGGCUCAGGCCGCCCGCUCCGUCAUCUCCUCUUCUUCCCCCGCAUCGCAGGCGCUGCGGCGGCAAACACAGCUGCGUGUGCCGGUUAUUCGGGCAUUCGCGCCCCAGACCACCCGCUGCUACUCCACAGAGAAGGAGGCAACGGAAGCUCAGAAUGGAGAGGCGGAGAAUCCCCUCCAGAAGGAGCUUGAUGAGAAGAACAAGGAAGUGAUCGAGUUGAAGGACAAGUACCUUCGCUCCGUCGCCGACUUCCGCAACCUCCAGGAGCGCACCAAGCGUGACAUGGAUGGCGCCCGUAACUUCGCCAUUCAGCGUUUCGCCAAGGACCUCCUUGACAGCAUUGACAACUUUGACCGCGCGCUGCUGGCCGUGCCCGAGGAUAAGCUCUCUGCUGAGAAGACCGAAGAGAACAAGGACUUCCUUGAGCUCGUCUCCGGUCUUAAGAUGACCCAACACAUCCUCCUGACCACCCUGCAGAAGCACGGUCUCGAGCGCUUCGACCCCGGCGAGAAGGUCGAUGGCAAGGCCCAGAAGUUCGACCCUAACCUGCACGAGGCUACCUUCAUGGCCAAGUCCGAGGGUCUCGAGGAUGGAGAUGUCAUGUUCGUCCAGAGCAAGGGCUUCACCCUUAACGGCCGCGUUCUGCGGGCUGCUAAGGUUGGUGUCGUCAAGAACGACUAA